AUUCGUCCCAUUUCCAAGCGCAAUACGAUGCAGAAUCCGCGACGAUCGGUGCCGAUCGAUGAAGUAUUCGUAUCCCGCGCUCCGUCGAACGCGCCGGCGUCCACCUCCGAAGGCGCGAUCGUGCUGUCGCUCGUGAAGCAAGCAGCAGCUUCUCCCCGCGUACGCAUGCUCACGUUGUUUUGGCUCAUUGGGGUGUUUGCGAUGCUGUGGGCACCUGCGCCAAUUCACGUCACGGACGAGAUGAAGCAAGUGUACGAAGCCAAGGUGGUGGAUGCAGCGCACAUUGAGAACUACCAGGAGACGUAUGCGGCGUACGUGGACGCAGAAGAAGCGGUCGCCGACGCCCAGGUAUGGUUUUGGCGGUUCCGUCCGGAACACAAGGCCGUGGUGGACGAGCGCCAAGCCGCGGCGACCCACGCGCGGGCGAAACUCAAUCAUCUCGAGGAUGUUCGAGAAGCCAAGAUGCGCGAAGCCAAAGCGUACGUCGGUCUCUGGUCGGAUUAUGGGUUGAACGAAGCGCGCACGCGAUUCUGGGCCGCGUUCGAAUCUGGCAAGGUAUUUGCGUCGCGGCAGACGUUUUGGCAAAUGGUGUUUUCCGUGCUCCAGUCCCGAGAAGAAAACAUCAUCAGCCUCAUCUUCCACUGGGCGUUCGUGGCGCUGAUCAACUUUACCUUCGGCCUCAUCGGCAGCCUCUUCUACUUCACGGUGUCUCUUGUCUCGAUGGUGUUCACGUACAACCCCGACCCGCUCAGCGCCGCCGCGUUUGUCGGCCUCGCGCUCCUCGGGGCCGUCGCCGUCGUCGCGUCCUACUUGGUUGGCAUUUACGCCAUGGCCGCCAGUGGCGUGUACGUCGUGGGCAAGUUGGCGGCGCAAAGUGCCAGGAUUCAGUACGACCAGCAACGGGCCACCCCCGCACACCUCCGGCAACGCCCUCAUUACGAGUAACAGUCACAUAAUGCAACACGCAUGUGAGAAAUAUGAUAAGUCGACGAAUAUUCCAGUACAUAACUACAUGUAGCCUUCAUCCAGUCCGAACCUUUGUCUGUUGCUG